ACACAGCCUACGAGCCGUUGCUGAGCAACGCUUGCCCGCUGAAUCUGGAGGUUUUAGCUCUAGUCAAGUGCCAAAAGAGCCCAAUGUGUGUUCGGAUUUCAAUUCUCCAGUCAGCGUCAGAGUUGGAGGCCUCAAUUUUAAAGAAGGCAAAGCCAUGGUCAUCGUUGCGGGUAAGGAACAACGCAGAAGCCUCUUCCACCCCCAAAUUUAAUGCAACAGCAGGCGGAAGACCUGCAGGGUCCCGUUCAGAAAAAGGGCCGUCAGGCUGUCGAGCCUAAGAAUAAAAAGACCCUGUUUCUCUUAGACACCCGGUUAGCAAGGCAACAUCGCUGGCCUCCUGCCCUGGACACUUAUCACCCCGGUCCUGCUGCGGCCGGGUUUAGCCGGCCCAGCGAGGAAGGAAGCCGAAAGAGCCAGGUUUUUGCUGAGGGGGAGCGAUGUCUGCGACGCACCGGAAGCGGCUCCGAGGAAGGCCUGCGGGAGUCUCGGAGACGUGUGUGUCUGUGAGGCGCUGGGUGCACUUCCCCAGGGCUCUGGGCUAGGAAGGCAGCGGCGAGGUGCCUCCCCACGUACCCCUCGCGGGCCCAGCCGAGCAGCGUGGGGCGAAGGCGGCGGCGAAGGCCCGGGCUGGGAGCGUUGGCGGCCGGAGUCCCAGCCAUGGCGGAGUCUGUGGAGCGGCUGCAGCAGCGGGUCCAGGAGCUGGAGCGGGAACUUGCCCAGGAGAGGAGUCUGCAGGUCCCGAGGAGCGGCGACGGAGGGGGCGGCCGGGUCCGCAUCGAGAAGAUGAGCUCAGAGGUGGUGGAUUCGAAUCCCUACAGCCGCUUGAUGGCAUUGAAACGAAUGGGAAUUGUAAGCGACUAUGAGAAAAUCCGUACCUUUGCCGUAGCAAUAGUAGGUGUUGGUGGAGUAGGUAGUGUGACUGCUGAAAUGCUGACAAGAUGUGGCAUUGGUAAGUUGCUACUCUUUGAUUAUGACAAGGUGGAACUAGCCAAUAUGAAUAGACUUUUCUUCCAACCUCAUCAAGCAGGAUUAAGUAAAGUUCAAGCAGCAGAACAUACUCUGAGGAACAUUAAUCCUGAUGUUCUUUUUGAAGUACACAACUAUAAUAUAACCACAGUGGAAAACUUCCAACAUUUCAUGGAUAGAAUAAGUAAUGGUGGGUUAGAAGAAGGAAAACCUGUUGAUCUAGUUCUUAGCUGUGUGGACAAUUUUGAAGCUCGAAUGACAAUAAAUACAGCUUGUAAUGAACUUGGACAAACAUGGAUGGAAUCUGGGGUCAGUGAAAAUGCAGUUUCAGGGCAUAUACAGCUCAUAAUUCCUGGAGAAUCUGCUUGUUUUGCGUGUGCUCCACCACUUGUAGUUGCUGCAAAUAUUGAUGAAAAGACUCUGAAACGAGAAGGUGUUUGUGCAGCCAGUCUUCCUACCACUAUGGGUGUGGUUGCUGGGAUCUUAGUACAAAACGUGUUAAAGUUUCUGUUAAAUUUUGGUACUGUUAGUUUUUACCUUGGAUACAAUGCAAUGCAGGAUUUUUUUCCUACUAUGUCCAUGAAGCCAAAUCCUCAGUGUGAUGACAGAAAUUGCAGGAAGCAGCAGGAAGAAUAUAAGAAAAAGGUAGCAGCACUGCCUAAACAAGAGGUUAUACAAGAAGAGGAAGAAAUAAUCCAUGAAGAGAAUGAAUGGGGUAUUGAGCUGGUAUCUGAGGUUUCAGAAGAGGAACUGAAAAAUUCUUCAGGUCCAGUUCCAGACUUACCUGAAGGAAUUACAGUGGCAUACACAAUUCCAAAAAAGCAAGAAGAUUCUGUCACUGAGUUAACAGUGGAAGAUUCUGGUGAAAGCUUGGAAGACCUCAUGGCCAAAAUGAAGAAUAUGUAGAUAAUGGACUGGGAUAUAUUGUAUUUCUCAUGUUAAAGCCUCUUCCCUUGAAAUUAAAAAAAAAAUUUAACUGAUAAAACUUAGGGCAACAUUAAUUAAUGUAUAUUCUUACCUGAAUUGUUAUACUUUUUGAAAAUCCUGUGACUUGCCUGUUUCUCCCCGCUCCAACGAAAUCAUUAACUCUCCUAAAAUGUGUUUCAUUCUAGUAAGAAAACCUCAAAGGAUAUUGUAGGAUAUAAAUCUUACUUGAAAACAUAGCUGUUGAAAUGUUUUGUCCUUUUGCAGUGGGGGAAGGACAAAUCUGAUCCUGUAAUCUUUUUCUUUCCAGUAAUCCCUCGUGUCUGUUGCAUGAGGACAUGGACAAUAAAGUAGUAUAUGAUCCUCAGAUACAGGGAGAAGGACAAGGCAUACAGCUUAUUGAUUAGAGCUGGCAAGCAUCUGCUCAUUAUGUUUGGAAUUGCUUUCUAUAAGAAAAUUGCCCACUACUACUAACUUGAUCAACAAUGAAUUCAAAAUAGUUAACCUAUGAAAUAACAUCCUCUCAAAUGUUUGCUGAUGGAAGUACAAGUUGAAAUGUAGUUAUUGGAAAAGUCUGUAACCUGUGGAUCAUAUAUAUUCAAAGUGAGACAAAGGCAAAUAAAAAGCAGCUAUUUUCAUGAAUAGACAAA